GGGGAGAAGUCAGAGGAGCUGGUGGAAGGUAGACUACUGCUUAUUCCACAGCAAACAUACACACACACACACACUCAUACACACAAACACACACACACACACACACACACACACACUCAUACACGCACAGCGGAAUACCCGGCAGGUCCGUUUCAAAGAGCGCGCUGAAAGUGCCCCGCACUGAAAGAGGAGAGGAAGAAGGGAUGAAGUAAGGAGGCGGGGCGGGAGCGUGGGGUUCGAGGACCCGCCCAGGACCAGGCGCCCGAAAUGUCACCCCCGUCAGGCCAGCUGCUGCCCCGCGAGCCGUUGGACAUGCUGUACAUCUCCGUGGAGACGGCCAUCGCCGUGGCGUCCGUGCUGGGGAACGUGCUGGUCAUCCUGGUGGUGGCGCUCAACCGCGGCCUGCGGGACCCCACCUUCUGCUUCAUCGUCUCCCUGGCGCUGGCCGACAUCGCCGUGGGAACGCUGGUCAUCCCGCUGGCCGUGGUCAUCAGCCUGGGGCUGCGGACGCAGUUCUUCACCUGCCUCUUCCUCUCCUGCCUCCUCCUCAUCAUCACGCAGAGCUCCAUCCUCUCGCUGCUGGCCAUCGCCGUCGAUCGCUACCUGCGGGUCAAGAUCCCGACCAGGUGA